CCUAAUUGCCCAUUGAUCUGCAGCAGUGUUCGUCCGGAGCUUACUCACCUCCUUUUUCUGGUCAAGAUUGAAGCUUCUUCAGUCAUCAACGUCGCCAGUCCACCGAUCUUCACCUCCCUCAGCGCCUCGCUCUCAUUUCGGCUGCGCCUUUCAGUCUACCUUGCUCAGAGCUUAAUUCUCAUCUCAUAGGCGCAAGGCCACUGAAUUGCCCUUACGGAAGCCAAAAAUGGGUUUGUACUAAAUAACUUGCUACCUUAGGGGGAAAGUUCAUUAACAACUUGAGAAAUGCACUUAGUUUUAAGAACAAGGCAUCUCCUACCCGGUGUGUUUACAAACAUCGUUCGUUCCCCUGUGGCUGCCUUCAACUUAAAUGGAUUACAUAGAAAUUACGCUCAACCUGCUUGGAUAGAGGAGGAAGAGGAGGAAGUGGAAAUUGACCAGAGAAGGCUUCCAGCUGAUUACGAUCCAGCAAAUUUUGAUCCAACACAGCAUCGCAGUCCUCCAACUGAUCGUGUUUUUAGGCUUGUGGAUGAAAUAUCAGGACUCACAUUAGUUGAAGUUGCUGAAUUAUCUUCCAUUUUGAGGAAAAAAUUAGGAAUGACAGACAUGCCAGUGGUUGGAGUUAUGAAACCAGGAGCUGCCGGAUUAGCUGGUAUGGGUAUGAAGGCAUCAGCAGCAGCUGCCAAAGAGGUGAAGAAGCCAGAAAAGACUGUUUAUGAAUUGAAAUUAGAGUCUUACGAAGCAGCUGCGAAGAUUAAAAUUAUAAAGGAGGUAAGAAGUUUCACGGAUUUAGGGCUUAAAGAAGCAAAGGAUCUAGUGGAGAAAACGCCAUCAGUGUUGAAGAAGGGAUUGUCAAAGGAAGAGGGUGAACAAUUGAUUGAAAAGAUGAAGGCACUCGGUGCAAAAGUCAUCUUGGAAUGAAUGUAUGCUUUCGUUCAUCCAUUGCUUAUUUGGACUCAUGUUUCUUAUAAUAAUAUCAUGAUUUUCUCGCUAAAUGGCCAUCUCUUGAACCAUAAUCUUUGGUUCUUCUGUCUCAAUACCAACUUAUACCUGAAGUGCUGUUUUUCCUUCUAAUGUAUUCUUAGGGCCUUUUUUCCAGAACUCGAGCGAUUCUUGAAUCUUGUUAGUUGAUGAAUCCGACUUGGUUUUAA